CUGCCCAGGCAGAGCAGAGAAGGCGGAAGUAGGGGUGUCUGCGGCUGGGGCUCGGGCUCCGGGCGGCCCGGGGUCGCAGCAGAAGCGGCCUUCGGGUCGGGAGAUUGGCGUCCAGGCGGCCUCCACCCAGACUGAGGAGCCUUGGUGGAGCCGAGUCGUGCGGCCGGCUGGAGUCGGCGGCCCAGCGGACGAGAGCGAGCAAUUGGUAAUCACGUUACUAUGAGUCUGCUAAACUGUGAAAACAGCUGUGGAUCCAGCCAGUCUGAAAGUGACUGCUGUGCCGCCAUGGCCAGCUCCUGUAGCGCUGCAGCUAAAGAUGACAGUGUGAGUGGAACCGCCAGCACGGGGAACCUCUCCAGCUCUUUUAUGGAAGAGAUCCAGGGGUAUGAUGUGGAGUUUGACCCACCUCUAGAAAGCAAGUAUGAAUGCCCCAUCUGCCUGAUGGCAUUACGGGAAGCAGUACAAACACCAUGUGGCCACAGGUUCUGCAAAGCUUGCAUCAUCAAAUCAAUAAGGGAUGCUGGUCACAAAUGUCCAGUUGACAAUGAAAUAUUGCUGGAAAAUCAACUAUUUCCUGACAAUUUUGCAAAACGAGAGAUUCUUUCUCUGAUGGUGAAGUGUCCAAAUGAAGGUUGUUUGCACAAGAUGGAACUGAGGCAUCUUGAGGAUCACCAAGCACAUUGUGAAUUUGCUCUCAUGAAUUGUCUCCAGUGCCAACGUCCCUUCCAAAAAUGCCAACUUAAUAUUCACAUUCAUAAGGAGUGCCCGAGGAGACAAGUUUCUUGCAUGAACUGUGCUGCGUUGAUGGCAUUUGAAGAUAAAGAGGUGCAUGACCAGAACUGUCCUUUGGCAAAUGUCAUCUGUGAAUACUGCAAUACCAUGCUCAUCAGAGAACAGAUGCCUAAUCACUAUGAUCUAGACUGUCCAACAGCCCCAAUUCCAUGCACAUUCAGUACUUUCGGCUGCCAUGUAAAGAUGCAGCGGAAUCACUUGGCACGCCACCUACAAGAGAAUACGCAGUCGCACAUGAGAAUGUUGGCUCAGGCUGUUCAGAGUUUAAGUCUUGCUUUAGCUCCUGUACCUCAGCGUGAUAUGCCGCCGUAUGAUUCUUCCUCCGUGUCCCGGGUCUCUACUCCGUGUCACCCAGAGGUCCAUAAUUUCCAAGAAACCAUUCAGCAGUUAGAGGGUCGCCUCGUAAGACAAGACCAUCAAAUCCGAGAGCUCACUGCUAAAAUGGAAACUCAGAGCAUGUACGUGAGUGAGCUCAAGCGAACUAUCCGAACCCUUGAAGACAAAGUUGCUGAAAUAGAAGCGCAGCAGUGCAACGGCAUCUACAUCUGGAAGAUCGGCAACUUUGGGAUGCAUUUGAAAUCUCAGGAGGAGGAGAAACCUGUUGUCAUUCACAGCCCUGGAUUCUACACAGGCAAACCCGGGUACAAACUGUGCAUGCGCCUGCACCUGCAGUUACCAACUGCUCAGCGCUGCGCUAAUUAUAUAUCCCUCUUUGUCCACACCAUGCAAGGAGAGUAUGACAGCCACCUCCCUUGGCCCUUCCAGGGUACAAUACGCCUUGCAAUUCUUGAUCAGUCUGAGGCACCUGUAAGGCAAAACCAUGAAGAGAUCAUGGAUGCCAAACCAGAGCUGCUUGCCUUCCAGAGACCCACAAUCCCACGGAACCCAAAAGGUUUUGGCUAUGUGACUUUUAUGCAUCUGGAAGCCCUAAGACAAAGAACCUUCAUUAAGGAUGAUACUUUACUAGUACGCUGUGAGGUCUCUACCCGCUUCGACAUGGGCAGUCUCCGGAGGGAGGGUUUUCAGCCACGAAGUACUGAUUCGGGGACAUAGCAUCCCUGCAUUUGUUCAAAAACAAAAAGCCGUCUGGAGAAAGCAGUGGCUUUCCUUGCCUUGUUCUCAAUAAUACGCAAACCAAAAAAGAAGUGGGAAGGAUGUAGUACUCACCGGUGAAUGUUAUUAAACAGGUCACUUACCACUUCUUCCUGUUACAAAUCUCUGAGGCAGUUUUUUUUUUCCUUGGGAAUCUACACGUUCUGUGCUUUCUCAGAAACCGAAGUGCCUGUGGCAUAUUGCAGCAGCUCUUUUGUCAUUUAGUAUACCUCUUUGUUGUACUUCCAUGGGCUUUUGCUCCAGUGUGUUUGAUUGUCAGAAAGCCCGUGGUUGGACUAGUAAAGCUCAGACCUUUUAAUAAUAAUGGACAUUCCUUAAAACUUCAGCUUAUUUUUAUAUUAUAUGUAAUAUAUUAAACUUGAGAGUCACUACUGCCUCGUGCUGGUGCCAGUGAGAAUUAUUACUCUGGAGCUGAGUUCUCAUUUUAUUUGACCUUGUAUGAAUUUCAGAGGAUUUGAACCUUAAUCCUUGGAAAGCUUAAGUUCUCAUUCACUCCAACCCCCGCCCCGCCCAGGGUAUUACUAAGGAUAUUCAGAAACUAGUUUAAACCCUAAAUAUAACCUUACUUAUUUAGUGUAGACACCUUGUCUUCUUGUUUAAAUAUUCCAUUCUAUUUGACUUACAUAUUUCCUUGGGGCUACAAGUAGCAUCUUCUCCAGAGUUGAGAAUGCUGAGAACCAUGUGGGUACCACCUGCCUGGUGUGAUACUGUAAAUCCCUUUUUAUCCAUUCAGUGCAGAGUGAAUUCUACAGCUUUACAUAUGUUCUCUGUGGCUUCAUGCUUGUAGGACAAGGAGAUGCACACAUACAAUCAACAGAAAAAAUACGUCUUGACUAGUCAACCAACAUGGCAUCUCACUGGUGGUGACAGGAGCUGUCUGAGCCAGAAAUUUUCAGCUCUUUUGAACACCUUCUGGUAGUUGUUAAAUGGAAUAAAACUGAUAUCCUAAAAACAGAAUUUCUUAAUACUUGGGAGAUCACUGGAGAUAACCUGAGAGGUCAUCAAACCAAGGUGGGAAGUUGUAGUGGUUCUGUCAGUGGUUCCGUCAGGACUUAGCCUGAGUAGGUUGCUUUGGUCCAACAAUACGUAGUUGAGGAGGGUCAUGUAGAAUGUAUUGAAGUGGCUAAAUGUUCCUAAUAGGGAGAGAUGGUUUUUGUGUUGUUGAUUUAUUAAGGCCUAUAGAUAUUAAAUCUUAUGGUGAAAUCUUGUUCUCAGGGAGUCCCACGGCUAGUAUAGGCUCUUAGAAGAAUCUUAGAGGACCCAUACUCUGUGCUGUUUGCACAAGAUUGUUUAAUGCUGUCUGGUCAUGAGAGAUGGAAUUAUAUCUUUCAAGGGGCUAAGUCAGAGCUCCCUGACAAGCACUGAAGAUGAGCCUUAAUUUCAAGAGGAAGCCAAGAGACCUUGUCUGUGGAGAAGAAUGGUUUCAGUUCCAGGCAGACCCAGCAAGUGUCACUUUGACUUUUCCCUUUACUUGUGUUUCUGCCCUUCCUCUCUACCCCACAUUUAGGCUCCUGCUCUGAUGUGUUUAUGUUACACAGUAAAAAUAAACGUCAUGCAGAGACCCUGUUCCCCAGAGUUACCAACCGUACACCUGCACAUCACGGGUUCCCGGCUCACUUCCUGGCAGUUGGUGUCCCUUAGCUGCUGUGCCUUCCAGCUAGCUCUGGAGAAUCAUUGCCGCACCACCCUCUAGGUUGGGAGCCCUGCACUGCUGCUGUUCUUGUGAUUGUUUUUCAGUGAGUAAUUGUUGCGUUCCAUUUAAGAAGUAAAUGGUAGGCUUUUUUUGUUGCAUCGAAAAAGCCUGAAGGAAAUAUACUGAACUAUUUUUGAUGACUUAUAUUCUUUGUGCUUUCUUAAUAUGUUUUACAUUUUCUACAAUAAACCUAUUUUUUAUGAGAGGGAAAAAAAUGCUGCCAUAAAACAUUCAACCCCACCAAAAAAGGAAAUACUAUUUGAAAACUUCCUGGUCAAAUUUCUAUUAAAAGCAUGGCUGUGCUUUAGAUACUGAAGCCAGUCACUUCCUGCUUUGGUUAGUUUAUUUUUUUUCUACUAACUGCUUAAUCCAAACAAAAACAGUUUUUUGCCUAAUUUCACCAUCUAGCUUCAAGUUUCUCAUCUGUAGACUAAGGAGUUGCUUUAGAUGUUUCUAAGGUCUACUCCAACCAUAAAAUUCUGUUUUAAGAAAUUAAGUCCUAACCAGCAGAGCAUUGACAAUACUUAUUAAAGGAUUUUGCCAGUAGGAAAUUGCUCUGCCUUAUUUUUUGCUGACAUAAUACUUCAGAUGUAGUAUCCCAUCAGCCGGGCCUCAUCUUAAUUCAAAGAAGCAAAUUUUUUUCACCCCCAAACAUGUGGCAUUUUCUAAGAAACCAGGCACUUAUUUUAUACUGGUCAUUCACUGCAAAUAGAGAGUGAGAGUAAUAUUCAGACUGUCAUUCCAAAUAGACCUCACCUCAGAAUCAACCCUGAGAUGGAAAAGCUGGUCUCUUGCAUUUUUCCAAUCUGCCCAACUCCAGCAUGCUGGCUUCACUCAACUGGCUUUCAAGUGUUUGCGCCGCGCAUUUUUAUUUUACUAACCUUUGAACAUGUUGAUCUUCUGACAUCAUUCUCGAACGUAGUGAAAUUGUUUCCUCUUUUCCCAGAGAGGUCCAACCCAGUGUUGGAGGGGACUGGCCGCAAGUUGUGUAUUUGGCUGUGGGAAAACAAGUCACGAUGUUGAUUUGUAGUUGGGGAGUUUUUACUGUCCUUUGGCCGGGGCAGCAGUGACAGCUUCUGGCUAUACUACGGUAUGAUUCAACUUUUACUAUGGGGGCCAAUCGAGGGAAAUAGAAUGAAAGGCGUGUUUUUUCCUCUAAUGAUGGGCUAAUACAGAGAUGUUGGAUGAUAUCUGACAGUUUUUGUGACAGGUAUAAAAUUAAGUUCUCCAUUACUGUUUCUGUACCAGUGAAGUCUUAGAUAAACUAAGCAUGAAUUAGGCAUUAUGAAUUAUGCAUGCAAUUAGAAUCCAUUCUCCUUAAAGAGAAGCAGUUGCUCGUCAUUCCUUUAUCCAGGGAACCCUCCGAUCUCUGGUGACCAGAAAACACUUUUAAUUAGGAGAGAGGUUUUUCUGACAUAAGACUUGAAAGCACUGUACUUCAAUUCAGUUACUACAGCUCUUUUUUUUUUUUUUUGGCUUGUCUCAAUUAAAUUAUGAAUUAUGUUCAUCAUUUAUAUAAAAUACCAUUAGGUCUGUUUUGUGAUGCCUAGUUCCACAGAGCCUAAGCACUGCAAUGCCUUAAAGAAAUGAAAAAUGGACAAGAGUCGUUUGUACUUUUCUUUUGAAAUACAUUUUUUUUCUAAAAUUUCCAGAUUCACACAAUAAGCUAUAGUAAGUUUCACAGUUGAUACCAUUGCAUUCUAUAGAAUGGGGUUGACACUUCCAAAUUCCCAGUCUCCAGAAAGUUGAUUUGAUGAAAUCGAAUUAGAUGGCUCUCUACAGAUUGUAAUAUUCAAUUAAGCCUUCACUUUUAGUCACACACUUGCAGAGAGGCCUACUUGUUUCUCUAAAUGUCACCUAAGACUUUAAUGUUUUAAAUUAGCGUUUUCCUCCCCCAAAAUUGUUAUUAUAAAGUUAUGAAAUACUGAAAAAUCAUUCUAGAUGGAGCAAGCAUGCUGUGGAAUGAGGAAAUGUGGUGCUGUUUUUUUCCUCUCUCAAAGUGCUUUCUCAGCCAGACGCCAGCCCUGCCUUUAGGACAGGAGGGAAGGAGAGACCGACUCUUCUGCUCCCUCAAGGCUCGCAGCUCUGAAUGCCCCCCUGGAAAGUCACCAGAGCACAGCCGCAAUGCUGCUUCCCAGCCGUGGUUUCCGAAAGGGAGAGCCUCCUGUUAGAGCUGCCUUGCCUCUGCUGGCUGAUUGCAUUUAUCCUAAAGUUCUUGCAGGUGGAUUUCAGGGUAAAAAUUAAAGUGCCAGUGAAGAGAAGAGCAUAUGGGUUCCUGUAUUCCAAGAAAGAAAUGCUGCCAGUCUUAGAAGCACAUAAUGACAGUUUUCCUCCAGUCUGAAGGAGAAGUGAAAACUGAGGGACAGGGACAGCGUUCUGUUUACGGUUUCAGCACGGUGCCCGGCAUAGAAAACACGCACAUAUUUAGUAAUGAACUGUUCAUGAAAAUGCUGGUUAAAACUGACCAAUUUCUGGUAGUUUAUUUGUUCGUAAGUUUUAGGUGGAUGUUUAGAUGGGUUUGGUGGUUUUGUUGCUAAACCCCAGCACUUUCUUUAUGAAAUUCUUCAAACCGGCAAAGAUGUUGGAUGAAUUGUACGGUGAACAGCCACCACCUCGAAUCUGCAAGUAACAUUGUGUAACAUUAGCUGUAUCACUUAGUACAUGUUAAUUUUAAUGGGACUUCUUCAAGUUUGGUUUCUCUUUAAAAAUUUCGCUAAGAUAAUUAGCUUCAGUCGAGUGAUCUUAAACUCUUUGGGGGAACUUGUGAUAUUUGAGUUGUAGCUGGAAUUGUGGUCCUUACUUUCAGCUAGUUUUCAACUUGUAUAUCUAUUAUGCUGAAUUUUAAUCUUAUUUAUUUUGCCUGAAGGGAUGCUUUUUAUAAUGGAUUUAUUCGAAAGUCCUUGAUCAAUUGUGCAGAAUAUUCUAAUGUUACUUUCACACUUGAUAAAUUAUCCAAUUAAUUUCUCUGGUGAGAAUGUAAUUUUGGGCCCAUUUUGCUUACACAGGGUUCCAGGAUUAUGUUCUCAGAGGGCUGAAGAGGCAGUGUAAUUUAGCAUAUAUACCACUAAAUUAGAAGCUAAGAGACUUGGAUUUUACUCCUGACUGACCAUGGGCAAAUCAGUUAUCUUUGUCUUUGUCCGUUUAUGUUACCUGUAAAGAGUGGGAUAGAAUCUGAAAUUUAGAUACUAUUAAAUAAUGGGUAACGUUUAUUAAUGCUUGGAUCUAUUAAGAUCAACGCUUUAUGAACCCAGGGAGGCUAUUGUAAUUCUGUCACCGUAUGACAAGCUAUGGGGUGAAAACUGACAUAAAAAAUUGAAGCACAUGCAAUGGUCAAAGCGUCAUCAGAGAGCCUGCUAUUGCUCAGAGUUGACUAUUGCUACAGAAGUUGUGAGCAGUUUUCCUAAUCCACCUGAACUCAAAAUAAUGUGUUUGUGAGAGGGAGUGAAUGCAAAGAUGGGAGGGGGUGGCUCAUCACAGAAAGACGAUAAACCAGUGUGCAGCGGAAGAGCAGGAUGCAUGAAAGGGAGGGCUUAAAGGCAUUACUUAGAUUCACUGCCACACACCUUCCACUGGGCCCUCCAGCCACCCCCCAUCACCACGCACAAACCCAGAGAACAAGCCCCCAAGUGGCACCGGGGCACCGGUGGUCUCCGUCAGGUCAAUACAACUGGAUUGCAGGGUUGGUGGAGGGAUCAACAGGGUUUCCACUCCAUUUAGUAGAUAAGUGUGACCUGUUCUUUCCAGCCCUACGUUAUGCAUACAGAUUUGCAUUGAUCUCACAAAGGCACUUGGAGCUUUUACAUUAGAUCCUGUCUUACUAGUGGUUACAAGAGUCUGACCAAAACAGUGUUUCUUGAAUGGCCCCUUAUUGAAUGUUAGUGUACGUGAAAACAAAUGCCAGACGCUCCCAUCUGUUGUGGAUAUUCUCCUCUCAGCUUGUGUAUAGCACCAAUAGCUUUACCAAAGAAGUACUCUGACUUAAAAUGAAAUAUAUAUAUUAAAAUAUAACUGGUAUUCCGGGUGUUUGUUUUAAUAAAAUAACUACACUGCUUUGAUU